CCCCACCGCCACCUUUCCUCUCUCACUCUGCCUGGCUCAAUUGCCGAUCGAUAAAGCCAGCAUUCAAACUGUAGACCAGACUCUUCUCCGUCCUCAGCCGGUUUUUAGAGAUUCAAAGGGAAAUAUGUUGAACGGCAGACACAAGAGCGCGCCAGCAGAGAUCUUCGCACUUGAUGCCCCUCUCAGUAGAGAUGGUUGAGCCCUCGUCCAGGUUGCUGUGGUCCUAUCCUAAAAUUCAGUCUUGCUCACUUCUCUCCUAUCAGCUGACAAAGCGCGGCGGGCGGCACUGCCUGUUUCUCCUCUGAGAAGGGAAUCUACUUAAACCCCCACAGAAAGAGAAAACUGGCCAUAGGUUACAUGUUUUAGUUGUGAACAUGAAGGGGAUUUACAGAGACGGAUACUACGACGGAUCUAUUGAACUACGGGACGUUUUCAACAGGAGAUGCGUUAAAUGUGGCAGAAGGGACUUUGUUCAAGCCAAAACGAUGAGGAUUAGAACGGGGAUUGUUUUUUGGAACCUCGUCUUCUCACUGAUGUUCACUUGUGUGAAAGGUUUUAUCCAUUCUUGUGGAGGCACUUUAAAAGGCAGGAAUGGGACAAUAGAAAGUCCUGGCUUUCCAUAUGGAUAUCCAAAUGGAGCGAACUGUACCUGGGUGAUUGUUGCUGAGGAGGGGAACAGGAUUCAUAUAGUUUUUCAAUCUUUCGCUGUGGAGGAGGAAUAUGACUUUUUAUCUUUGUAUGACGGGCAUCCACACCCGGCUAACUUCAGAACGAGGUUAACAGGAUUUACCAUCCCUCCACCUGUUACCAGUUCUGGCUCUAUUUUUUCCCUGAGGCUUACCAGUGACUUUGCAGUAAGCGCUCAUGGAUUUAAGGCAGCUUAUGAAGAGCUGAGAAGCAGCUCGUGUGGAAACCCAGGAGUUCCACCCAAAGGCAUACUGAAUGGAACUCAGUUCAACGUAGGUGACAAGAUCCGCUACCGAUGUGUCACAGGUUAUGUCCUUGAUGGGCAUUCGCUCCUCACCUGUGUCACCAAUGCAGCUGGCGUGUCAGUGUGGGACUUCCCGGUGCCAAUCUGCAGAGCGGAGGACACAUGCGGUGGCACCCUGAGGGGCUCCAGCGGGCUCAUCUCCAGCUUCGAUUUCCCCAGUGGUGAGUCCCCCAGCACUGGCGGAAGCGGAGGUGCUGGGGGCCUGGGCAGCAGCGGGGAGUGCAAGUGGACCAUCCUGGCAGAUCCGGGAGACACUAUUUCUCUGGUGUUUACUGAAUUUCAAAUGGAGGAGAAGUCAGAUUAUCUGGAAAUCGAGGGAUCUGAACCGCCGACCAUCUGGCUAACUGGAAUGAAUAUUCCAGCACCCAUCAUUAGCAACAAAAACUGGUUACGACUGCAUUUUGUGACGGAGAGCAACCACCGCCACAAAGGCUUCAGGGCUCAGUAUCAAGUGAAAAGCUCUGGAGAGCUUAAAUCCAGAGGGGUAAAAUUAUUACCAGGAAAGGACAACACUAACAAACUGUCUUUGAUGAAUGAAGGAGGAAUCAAACAGGUGUCUAAUUACUGCCCUGACCCGGGGGAGCCGGAAAACGGCAAACGGAUAGGCUCCGAUUUCAGCAUCGGAGCAACUGCUCAAUUUACCUGCGAUGAAGACCAUGUGCUGCAGGGUUCCAAAACGAUUACCUGCCAGCGCGUUGCCGAAGUCUUCGCUGCUUGGAGCGACCACAGACCCGUCUGCAAGGUGAAAACCUGCGGGUCGAAUCUACAGGGACCGUCGGGGACGUUUACAUCCCCUAACUUUCCUAUCCAAUAUGAGAGUAACUCACAGUGUGUGUGGAUCAUCACUGCCAGUGAUCCAAACAAGGUCAUUCAGAUCAACUUUGAAGAAUUCGACCUAGAAAUUGGGUAUGAUUCCCUAACUAUUGGAGAUGGAGGGGAAGUAGGUGACUCUAAAACAAUCAUUCAAGUGCUGACUGGGAGCUUUGUCCCAGACCUAAUUGUCAGCAUGUCCCAUCAGAUGUGGCUUCACCUCCAGUCUGAUGAGAGUGUUGGCUCAAUUGGAUUCAAGAUCAACUACAAAGAAAUUGACAAAGAGAGUUGUGGCGACCCCGGUACACCUCUGUAUGGCUAUCAAGAGGGAACUGGUUUUUUAAAUGGAGAUGUUUUACGCUUUGAAUGCCAAUUUGGAUUUGAGCUCAUUGGGGAAAGGAUGAUAACCUGCCAGAACAACAAUCAGUGGUCAGCUAAUAUCCCCAUCUGCAUCUUUCCCUGUUUCUCUAACUUCACUGCGCCCAUGGGGACGGUGUUGUCUCCAGACUAUCCAGAAGGCUACGGGAACAACCUUAACUGUGUUUGGCUGAUUAUCUCUGAGCCUGGCUCCAGGAUCCAUUUGGCCUUCAAUGACUUUGAUUUGGAGCCUCCUUACGACUUUCUUACUAUCAAAGAUGGGGAUCAGUCAGGAGCCACAAUACUAGGACGCUUCUCAGGGGCUGAAGUUCCUUCCCACCUGACAUCCAAUAGCAACGUUUUGCAGCUCGAGUUUCAGGCCGAUCACUCGAUGUCUGGGCGAGGGUUCAACAUUACCUAUAGCACUUUUGGGCAUAAUGAGUGCCCUGACCCUGGCAUACCGUUGAACGCUAGGCGCUUUGGGGACAGUUUCCAGCUGGGGAGCUCCAUCUCUGUUGUUUGCGAGGAUGGCUUUAUCAAGACACAGGGAGCUGACACCAUCACAUGCCAUCUGGAAGAAGGCAAGGUGAUGUGGAGUGGACUCAUUCCCAAAUGUGAAGCUCCUUGUGGAGGACACUACUCAGGGCCAUCUGGUGUCAUCCUCUCCCCCGGGUGGCCAGGCUACUACAAAGAUUCCUUGAGUUGUGAGUGGGUCAUUGAGGCCGAGCUGGGACGCUCCAUCAAGAUUAGCUUUGACAGGUUCCAGACUGAGCUCAGUUAUGACUUCCUGGAGGUUCACGAUGGUCCCAACCUGCUCUCUCCUCUGAUUGGCUCUUUUAAUGGAACCCAGGUCCCUCAGUUCCUGUUCAGCAGUAGUAACUUCCUGUAUCUGCUCUUUACCACCGAUAACAGUCGAUCAAACAGUGGCUUCAAGAUCUUCUAUGAAGUGGUCACAUUGGACACAUACUCCUGUAUGGAUCCUGGUAUCCCAGUAAAUGGCUUUCGGUUAAGCCACGACCUGUCCAUCGGCUCAACUGUGACCUUCCAGUGUGACCCAGGAUAUAGACUGAGCCACGAGGAGCCUCUAGUUUGCGAGAAGAACCACUUUUGGAGCCACCCACUGCCCACUUGUGAUGCAUCAUGUGGUGGUGAUAUCAGGGGACCUGGAGGGAUCAUCUUAUCACCUGGCUACCCUGAGCUGUAUCCUAACUCUCUAAAUUGCACAUGGACUGUAGAAGUCAGCCAUGGAAAAGGUGUCCAAUUCACUUUUCACUCCUUCCACCUGGAGGAUCACCAUGACUACCUUCUGAUAACAGAAAACGGCAGCUUCGCUCAGCCACUCGCUCGCCUGACUGGCUCUGAGAGGCCUGCACCAAUUAAUGCUGGCCUGUAUGGCAACUUCAAGGCGCAGCUACGCUUCAUUUCUGACUUCUCCAUAUCGCUGCAGGGAUUCAACAUUUCCUUCUCAGAGUACGAUCUUGAACCUUGCGAGGACCCUGGAACGCCUCGGUACGGCUGGCACACGGGCUCCAAGUUUGGCAUUGGCGACUCUUUGUCGUUCUACUGCAAUACGGGCUAUCGUCUACAGGGGGCGAGGGAGAUUGUGUGCCUGGGAGGUGGGCGGCGCAUGUGGAGUGCCCCUCUGCCAAGGUGUGUGGCUGAGUGCGGUUCAACAGUCUCCAACAAUGAGGGAGUUCUUUUGUCCCCCAACUAUCCAAUGAACUAUGACAACAGCCACGAGUGCGUGUACAGCAUUCAGGUCCAAACAGGAAAAGGCAUCAACAUCACUGCCAGCACCUUUGAGCUUGCUCAAGGUGAUGUUCUCAAGCUGUAUGACGGUAAAGAUGGGGCAGCGCCACUGCUUGGCACAUACACGAGCACGCUGAUGCAAGGUCUGUCCCUUACCAGCACUUCCAACUAUCUGUGGCUUGAGUUCUACUCUGACCACGAGAAGACGGCUGCAGGUUUCCGGCUCAUAUACCACAGUUUUGAGCUGUCCCACUGUGACGAUCCAGGUGUGCCACAGUUUGGCUUCAAAAUCAGUGACCAGGGUCACUUUGCUGGAGGUGCCAUCACGUUUGGCUGUGACCAAGGUUACACUCUGCACGGCUUUGGCAUGCUAAAGUGCAUGACUGGUGAAAGAAGAGCGUGGGACAACCCUCUUCCUUCAUGUAUAGCGGAGUGUGGUGGCAGUUUUAAGGGUGAGUCUACUGGGCGUAUCCUCUCUCCUGGCUAUCCCUUCCCCUAUGACAACAACCUGAGAUGUACCUGGACAAUCGAGGUCAAUUCUGGCAACAUCGUCAGCCUCCAGUUUCUUGCAUUUGACACGGAGGCGUCCCAUGACAUCCUGAAGGUUUGGGAUGGGCCUCCUGAGAAUGAAAUGUCUCUGAAGGAAGUUAGUGGCUCACUGCUGCCUGAAGGAAUCCACUCGACUCUCAACAUCGUCACCAUUCAGUUUGAGACUGAUUUUUACAUCACCAAGUCUGGCUUUGCCAUUGACUUCUCAAGUUCGCUUGCAACAGCCUGCAGAGAUCCAGGUAUUCCCAUGAAUGGCAGUCGCAACGGAGAAGGGCGGGAGCCGGGUGACUCUGUGACCUUCUCCUGUGAUCCGGGAUAUGAAUUGCAGGGAGAGAGCAGAAUCACCUGCAUCCAAGUGGAAAAUAGAUACUACUGGCAACCCAGCCCUCCAAGCUGCAUUGCUCCUUGUGGUGGGAAUGUGACAGGGUCUUCAGGAUUCAUCCUUUCUCCCAACUACCCCCAUCCCUACCCACACAGCAAAGACUGUGACUGGCUUAUCGCAGUUCACUCUGACUAUGUCAUCUCCCUGGCUUUCAUCAGCUUCAGUAUUGAGCCAAACUAUGAUUUCUUGUACAUCUACGAUGGGCCAGACAGCAGCGCCCAUCUGAUUGGCAGCUUCCAGGACAGUAAACUUCCUGAGAAGAUUGAGAGCACUUCCAACUUCAUGUACUUGGCAUUUCGUAGCGACGGCUCUGUGAGCUACACUGGCUUUCAUUUGGAAUACAAAGCUAAACUGCGGGAGGCGUGUUUUGAUCCCGGGAAUGUGAUGAAUGGCACUAGAAUGGGUACUGACUACAAGCUGGGAUCUAUGGUGACAUUUCAUUGCGAGGCUGGCUACCUGCUGCAGGGCUACUCGACACUGACGUGUGUCAUGGGCAACAGCAAGAGACCCGAGUGGGACAGAGCUAAACCAAGUUGUCAAGCUCCCUGCGGAGGUCACUUCACAGGUUCAGAGGGAACUGUGCUGUCCCCAAACUACCCGCAUAAUUACACCAUAGGGCAGACCUGUGUCUAUGACAUCUUUGUCCCUGGGGACUUUGUUCUCUUUGGUCAGUUUGUGGUAUUCCAGACUUUGAUCAGCGAUGUGGUCGAGAUCUAUGAUGGUUCUUCAGCAGAUUCAGCCCUUCUCUCUUCCAUAUAUGGAUCACACUCAGGCGAGACCCUACCUUUGAGUUCAGGAAACAAGAUCAUGCUAAAGUUUACCACAAAUGGAACAGAAACAGCCAAAGGAUUUCAUUUUGUUUACCAAGCUGUCCCUCGGACAAGCGCCACUCAGUGUAGCUCAGUCCCUGAGCCCCGCUUUGGGAAGCGGAUAGGGAAUGACUUUGGCAUCGGUAUGGCGGUACUGUUUGAAUGCAGUCCAGGCUACACGCUGCACGGCUCCAACGCCAUCAGGUGCGAGGCUGUGCCCAAUGCCCUGGCCCAGUGGAACGGCACUGUGCCCACAUGUGUUGUUCCCUGUGGUGGAGUAUUAACUGAACGCAAGGGUACUAUCCUCUCUCCCGGAUAUCCAGAUCCAUAUGCCAACUAUUUGAACUGUGCCUGGAAAAUCUCUGUUCCUGAGGGAGCCGGCAUCCAGAUUCAGGUCGUGACCUUUGCCACAGAACACAACUGGGAUUCGCUGGAUUUUUUUGAUGGCGUUGAUGGCAACGCCCCAAGGCUUGGUAGCUACUCAGGUACAACAAUUCCCCAACUGCUGAACAGCACAUCCAACAACCUGUACCUGACCUUCCAGUCGGACAUCAGUGUAUCUGCCGCCGGCUUCCACUUGGAGUACACAGCAAUAGGUUUGGAUUCGUGUCCAGAGCCGCUGCCUCCCAGUAAUGGCCGAAAAGUUGGAGAUCGUUACACUGUGGGUGACAUGGUUUCCUUCCAAUGCGAUCAAGGCUUUUCACUACAGGGUAAUGCAUAUAUUACCUGCAUGCCUGGUCCUGUCAGAAGAUGGAAUUACCCCGUACCUCUGUGCUUAGCUCAGUGUGGCGGCUCUAUGACAGACUUCAGCGGCGUCAUCCUCAGCCCAGGCUUUCCAGGGAAUUACCAAAGCAGCCUGGACUGCAGCUGGAGAGUUCAACUCCCUAUUGGCUUCGGGAUCCAUCUCCAGUUUCUGAACUUCUCCACAGAGCCUGUUCAUGACUAUUUGGAGAUCCGCAGUGGGAGCCUUGAGACAGGAACAGUGAUUGAUCGGUUCAGUGGCCCCACGCUGCCCAAUCCUCUCUUCAGCACCACCCAUGAGACUACUCUGUUCUUCCAUAGCGACUACUCCCAGAACAAGCCCGGCUUCCACAUUGUCUACCAGGCAUAUGAGCUACAGAGGUGCCCAGACCCACGGCCGUUUCGUAACGGCAUAGUGAUCGGACAGGACUACAGCGUGGGGAUGACGAUUUCCUUUGAGUGCCUGCCAGGUUACACUCUUCUUGGAGAACAGUCACUCACAUGUCUGCAUGGAAUCAGCAGAAACUGGAACCACCCCAUCCCCCGCUGUGAAGCUCUGUGUGGUGGGAAUAUAACAUCCAUGAAUGGCACAAUUUACUCUCCUGGACACCCAGCCGAGUAUCCACACUUCCAGGACUGCAUGUGGACCGUCAGAGUACCCCCUGGGUACGGCAUCUACAUAAAUUUCUCCGUUAUCAAUACCGAGCCAAUCUACGACUACAUCACUGUGUGGGACGGACCUGACCAGAGCUCACCCCAAAUCGGUCAGUUUAGUGGCAGCUCUGUACAGGAGGGCGUGUCCACCACUGCCAAUCAGGUCCUCAUCAAGUUCCACAGCGACUUCAGCACCAGCGGCUUCUUUGAGCUGCAUUAUUUCGCGUACCAGCUGAGAACAUGUCAGCCACCCCCUCCUGUUGCCAACGCCACUAUCUUAACAGAAGAUGAUGAGUUUGAAAUAGGGGACAUUAUUCGGUACACGUGCCAGCCAGGCUUCACCUUGGUGGGCAGUGAAAUUCUGACCUGCCGACUUGGAGAAAGGCUACAGAUGGAUGGACCUCCACCAGUCUGUCAAGUCCAAUGCCCGGCCCACGAGGUCCGUUUUGACUCAACAGGAGUAAUCUUAAGCCCGGGUUAUCCCGAUAACUACCCCAAUCUUCAGAUGUGCUCCUGGCUGAUCAACGUGGAGAAGGGCUACAACAUCACUUUGCACUUUGAACUCUUCCAGACAGAAAAAGAGUUUGACAUCUUGGAAAUAUUUGAUGGUCCCAACAUCUACAGUCAGAGCCUCUCAUCACUCAGUGGUGAUAUUGAAACACCCUUCAGCCUGACCACCACAGGCCACCAGCUCCUCCUGCGCUGGUCCUCUGACCAUGGCACCAACCGCCGCGGCUUCCACAUCAGAUAUGUGGGUGAGUAUCAAACCAUGUACUGCAGUACUCCAGACUCUCCACAACAUGGCUUUGUAGUGAGCCAGACCGGGGGUCAUCUUAACAGCGUGGUGCGCUGGGCCUGCGACAGGGGGUACAAGCUCAUUGGGAAGGGCACAGCUGUGUGCAAGAAGACCACCUAUGGCUACUACGCCUGGGACGCGCCAGUUCCUGCAUGUCAAGCUGUGUCAUGCGGUGUGCCCAAUGCGCCAGCGAACGGAGGUGUGCUCACUGCUGAUUACUCCGUCGGCACACGGGCGACCUACUUCUGUAACGGCGGUUACCGGCUCUCCAAAGAGCUGACGACCACAGUCUGCCAGCCAGACGGCACCUGGAGCAAUCACAACAAGAUACCCCGAUGCUUUGUGAUGCCAUGCCCCAGCCUUAGCCCGUUUUCCCUCGAUCAUGGGAAAUGGAGGAUAGUCAAUGGCUCGCACUAUGAGUAUGGGACGAAAAUAAUCUUCACCUGCAACCCUGGAUACUAUCGUGUGGGCCCCGCCCACAUCCAGUGCCUCGCAAACGGAGUGUGGAGCUGGAGGAAUGAGAGGCCUCGGUGUAGAAUCAUUUCCUGUGGCGAGCUUCCCACUCCUCCUAAUGGGAAGAAAAUUGGGACCCAAACUACCUUCGGAGCAUCAGCCAUUUUCAGCUGUAACCCUGGCUAUGUUUUAACUGGAUCUACAGUUAGAGAGUGUCUCCUGUCUGGCCUUUGGAGUGGAAUGGAGACUCAGUGCCUGGCCGGUCAUUGUGGCGUUCCAGAGCAGAUUGUGAACGGACAGGUGAUUGGAGAAAACUAUGGUUACAGAGACACGGUGGUUUACCAGUGCAACCCUGGAUUUAGGCUCAUUGGCUCCUCAGUACGAAUCUGUCAGCAAGACCACAGCUGGUCUGGACAUCUGCCAGUGUGUAUCUCUGUCACAUGCGGCCACCCUGGUAGCCCUAUCUAUGGCCGCACCACAGGCGAUGGCUUCAACUACAAUGAUGUGGUGCACUUCUCCUGCAACAAAGGUUACACCUUGGAAGGACCCUCCACAGCUCAGUGCCAGGCCAACCGUCAGUGGAGCCACCAGCCACCAACUUGCAGGGUGGUUAACUGCACGGAUCCAGGUAUUCCUGCCAACUCGAUUCGGGAAAGUAAGAUUGAGCACGGUAACUUCACAUUCGGCAGCGUCGUCUUCUACGAUUGCAACCCUGGAUAUUACCUCUUCGGCUCCUCGGUGCUCACCUGCCAGCCGGUGGGCCAGUGGGACAAACCAUUACCGGAAUGCAUUGAAGUGGACUGUGGUCAUCCAGGUAUACCUCCGCACACAGUCAUGAGUGGGGAGAAGUUUACAUUUGGAUCCACAGUGCGCUACUCAUGCCUCGGAGACCGCCAGCUAAUAGGAGACUCAUCACUCACCUGUCAACUGAAUGGACACUGGAGUGGUCCACUGCCCCACUGCUCAGGUGACUCGACAGGCACCUGUGGGGAUCCAGGCACACCUGCCCAUGCCAGCAGGGAGGCAGGGAACUUCAAAGUGCGCAGCAAAGUGCGCUUUACCUGCGCAGUGGGACAUACACUGUAUGGCUCAGCAGAGAGGAUCUGCUUCCCCAAUGGGACCUGGUCUGGCAAACAGCCGUUCUGCAAAUCGGUACAGUGUGGGAAUCCAGGUACCCCGGCUCACGGUCGUAUUUCCCGUUUGGAUGGCACAACCUUCUCCCACUCUAUCGUGUAUUCGUGUAUGGAAGGAUAUUUCCUCACUGGUUCGCCUACACGCCAGUGUCUGGCAAAUGGCACAUGGUCUGGCACAGCUCCAAACUGCACAAUGAUCACCUGUGGCGAUCCCGGUAUCCCAGCAAAUGGACUCAGGUUUGGCGACGACACCACAGUGGGCCAGAAUGUGACGUUCAUGUGCCAACUGGGGUAUGUGAUGGUGGGAGGGGACAACGCUUUCACCAGGACCUGCACCAGCAAUGGGACGUGGAGUGGAACCAUGCCAGCAUGUCAAGUGGUGACAUGUCCUACACCCCCAUCCAUCCCCAACGGCCUCCUUGAGGGCUCAGUCCUGGAGUGGGGAACCAGCGUGAGUUACACCUGUUUACCCGGCUAUGAGCUGUCUUUUCCUGCUGUGCUAACCUGCACAGGGAACGGGACGUGGAACGGAGACUUGCCUCAGUGCUUGCCCAAGUUCUGCGGUGAUCCUGGGACGCCUCCCAAAGGAAGGCGAGAAGGACGCAGUUUCAUCUUCAAGUCAGAGGUCACGUUUAGCUGCAGUGCCCCCUACGUGCUGGUGGGGUCAACAACUCGCAUGUGCCAGGAAGACGGGACCUGGAGUGGAUCUCAGCCCCGAUGUAUAGAGCCCACGAGAAGCACGUGUGAAAACCCGGGGACACCUGAGCAUGGCUUCAUGAAUUACUCAACAGGCUUUAAGGUGGGCAGCAGAGUCGACUUCCAGUGCCAGCAGGGACACAUACUGCAGGGCUCCACCACAAGGCUCUGUUUGCCGGAUCUCACCUGGACUGGCACCCAGCCAGCCUGCAUCUCUCACUCCUGCAAGCAGCCGCGGAGCCCAGCCAACGCUGACGUCAUGGGUCUAGACCUGCCUUCGUACGGCUACACCCUGGUGUACACCUGUCAGCCAGGUUAUUUCCUCUCCGGAGGUUCAGAGCACCGUGUCUGCCGCUCCGACGGCAGCUGGACUGGCAAGGUGCCCGUGUGCAGAGCCGGUUCCAAAUCGCAUGAGAAAACUGUCAAACAUAUACCGGGAACACCAAGCCCUAAAAUAAACGUUCCCGAUGACGUCUUUGCGCCUGAUUUCAUCUGGAAGGGUUCGUAUGAUUACAAGGGCCAAAAGCAGCCAAUGACUUUAACAGUCACCAGCUUUAAUGCCACAACGGGGAAAGUCAAUGUAACUUUAAGAGACAGUAGCAUGGAGUUUCUGCUCUCUGGAGUCUACAAACGCCAGGAGGCACGGCUAAUGCUCCUGCUGUACCAGAUGAGAGCAGUGGCCCACAGCUCCUUGAGCAGGAUUACUGAUGAGACCUGGGCAAUGGACGGAUUUGUUUCAGCUGAGCCUGAGGGCGGUAGCUAUGUGUUCCAAGGCUUCAUACAGAGUAAAGACUACGGACAGUUUGGGCUACAGCGACUUGCCACCUCUUACCUCAACCAUACAGCGAGCAGCAGAUUAUCCACUCCACCAUCAUUGCCCUUCACUUGUGUGUGCUCUACAUUAACGCUGCCAUCAUCAUAUGAUGGUCUCCAGGAGAUUAUGGCAGUCACAGUGAUCAUCAUCAGUAUGAUCAUUAUGGAUAUCAUCUGGCUGCUGUGUCUCCAACUCCAGCUUUAUGAUUUUCAUCAUCGUCGUCAUUAUCACCAACAGAUAUGUAUCAUUCUGUUUUUUGUCUCUCUAUUUUGUUCUUUGCAUUUUUUUUUCAAUGCAUAUCCUGCAUAUAGUCUCUGUUUUACAUUUCCUCUGGUUAAAUGUUGCGUUUGCCGUGUCGCAGGUUUGAGCGUGAGAGAGAACGUUACGCUCACCGACCCCGAAACCAACGGCUCCACCAACAGCAGUUCUGUCGCCGUCGCCAUCCUCGUGCCUUUCUUUGCUCUCAUCUUUGCAGGCCUCGGUUUCUAUCUCUACAAGCAGCGGAAAACAGAUAAAGCGCAGUACACAGGAUGCUCUGUCCACGAGAACAACAAUGGACAGGCCACUUUUGAGAAUCCCAUGUAUAACACGAACACAAAAGCUGCUGAGGGGAAAGUUGUCCGCUUUGACCCCAAUCUCAACACCAUCUGCACCAUGGUUUGAUGUCUAUUGAGUAUGAGAAAAAGGGCCGGAGAAUACAACCUCUCCGGGUUUGCUUCACGUGACUAUAUAUAGACAUAUUUAUAUAUUUCCCAGUUUCUAAAGUCACCGAAUUGCUCAGAAACAUAAAGCACACUUUCAGCAACACUUUAAGGUGGUUGCGAUCGAUCGUAUACACAAAGUAAAAGAUGAAAGAGUGAGGAAGGGUAGGUACCGCACCUAUUCAGAUCUUCCCCUAGUCUGGUGAAGAGAAGUGUUUUUUUGCACUCUGUGAGUGUUGGCUUUAUGAAUAAAAGAGCCUGCGGCAUAUAGAUAAAAUAGAGUAUUUUAUACUCUGUAGUAUAAAUAUAGAGGGGUUAUUUCGCAAUGCCAAAUGAAAAAUUUAAUGUUUUCUGUUACAACAAAAAAGAAAAAGAAAAAACUAAACAAAAAAACAAAACAGCCCAGAUCUACGCUGUUUUGUUUGCUUUCGUCUUAGUCUUACAUCAUCCUGAUGAGAAUUAUUUUUCUGUCAUGGAGGUGAGGAGCCUCUCAACUGUGAGUUGAUCAAUCUAAUCUGUUUUCUGUUUUCCAAGCAGCGGGGUGUGUAAGCGCAGAUGAAGUGGUAGAAGAGAAACAGCCUCUCUUUGAAUAGCGUCGAUGCUGAAGUCUGUUCAAAGUUAUAUGGUCAAUUAUACCUCUUAAUUGGGUGGUACCUCCUACUGAGGAAAUGUAUGGCCAGGGAUUUAAUUACUGAGGUGCAGUACACUUUUCCGAGUGCCACUGGGAAGGCCUGGGCUUCUGACGACAACAGAGGGCAUUUUCUUCACCAGAGAUAUAGUUAGCAUUAGUAUUUAUUGAUGUUUGCAAUGAAUUUGUUUUUGACUGAAAUGUUUGCACAGUUCGACAAGGCCAACCGUUCUGUACUUGUCAGUGAAUUGGUGAUGUGGGGACUUAUUAAACUGGUAGCUAGGUUUUCCACUGAUGGUUUUUGCCUCUCAGAAUAACUUUGUGCCCCAAAUGAGCCAAAUCUGGAGUGAAGUAACCCCCGGCCUUGAGCCUGUAUAUAUCAAGAAUUUCAAAGUAGGAGUUGCUUGCCUAAUUAGUUCAGCUUUUCUUAAAAAAAACAAGGUCAAGAAUAACUACACUGCACAGAACGUACAACUGGCCAGGUUUCCCAGAAGUUUAUUUAAGCCUGGAAGUCAGUAAAUUGCGCAAUGAUAUGUGAGUGGGCAGUCUGAGCCUUUUAUUAUGUUAAUCAAUAUUUUGACAGCCUUUUGUUAGAGUAACUCCUAAACAAAAUAAGUGCAACUACCCCAUCAUCUCUAAUUUUCAGAGCGGUGUGUGUUCUACAAUUCUUUUGGGAAACCGUGCCUUAGUCAGUAUAUUCUUUAUUCGUACUCCUACUCUAAGACACUUGAUGAAUACACGGCCUUGGCCUGUUUUAUUAACACUGAAACAAUUUUUUUUUGUAAUCUCUUAUGAAACCAUCAGCUUCUGCCAACAAAUGUACAGUAUACACAAGAAUUUGCACACUUAAACAUGAACCAUCAUCCGUUUUGAACUCCCAUCCAAGACCAGUUAUGUUUUAAAUAUUUAAAAAAAAGAAUAGAAUUUGACACUGUCAUCACAUUUCUACAUCAUUGCAGUGCCUUGAAUACUGUAUGGGCAUGUGUUUUUUAAGAAAGACAUUACAUAUAUUGCAUUAGUAAAACUGCACACUGGUGUAAUUUAUCUGCACAGUUUGCAAUGAUUUAGCAGAGUGAUGUCAGAGGGUUUAUCUGUGACGAGGCAUCAAAAAGCAGCUCAUAGUUUCAUAACUGUGCAUGUUGGCAAAAAGUGAUCCAGUAUAGCAAUUGCUGCUAUAGUACUUUGUACCACUACGUUGACUCCUGUCAUUGCUAUUCCAUUUUGUACAUUUAUACAGUUUUGAUACUUGAUGGCAUUCUUUGGCAAGAUGUCUUGUGUUAUCGAUAUGUACUAUAUUUUGCAAGUUUCACAUUUCUUAUGGAUGAAAAAAAAAAGAAAUGCAUCUGGUCAAAACAGUAUACAGUCAGUCUUACACCCAGAGACUCCGGAGUAGAGUAGAAUGCUUUUAAAUGUACCACACAGUUGUUAUCCCGUUCAAGAACCUGUGAAUAAGAACAUGUACAUAUAACAAAACUUUUGUAAAGAGAUAUAUUUUUUAUGCAAUUAAAGCAUUUGUAAGUUAUUGAAUAUGUUGUGUAAAA